AUUUUUCUCGUCAACUUUGAUUAAAUCUAACCUUUAAAAAAACAUCGAGAGGAUAAAAUAAACCGCGCCAAUAAUCUUCGUUCGAACGUUUUCUGUGUACCGAAAGAAACGAUUACGCAACUCGUUCGAUAGUCUAUCCACAUGUGUCGCUUUCGUCGACUGUGCUUCGAAGAAAAUUGAUCGCAACAAAAAGGUUAGGCGUUAGGAAAAUUUCGAGAAAAAUGGCACUACGUUGCGGAAGAAUGAUUUUUACCCCUGCGCUGAGGAAUGCCGUGAAACAGUUGUUUUACGUCGAGCAUCUCAUCAGCAACCAUGUCUCCCACAAUUUACGGACAAGCUAUUAUUUUCCGUGUGUUACGUCACAACGGCUUUAUAGCGAAAAGCAAGUAUAUUCUAGAGAUAAGCCACAUUGUAAUGUAGGCACCAUCGGUCACGUCGAUCAUGGAAAAACAACGCUGACCGCAGCUAUCACCAAAGUACUUGCCGAGAAGAAUCUGGCAGCAGCAAAACAAUAUGCAGAUAUCGAUAAUGCCCCAGAGGAAAAGGCUCGUGGUAUUACUAUUAAUGCUGCUCACAUCGAAUACCAGACAGAAGCUCGCCAUUAUGGACACACAGAUUGUCCAGGACACGCGGAUUAUAUUAAAAACAUGAUCACAGGAUCAGCUCAGAUGGACGGUGCUAUUCUUGUUGUCGCAGCCACAGACGGUACUAUGCCUCAAACGAGAGAGCAUCUUGUUCUUGCUAAGCAAAUUGGCAUUGACCACAUUGUUGUUUACAUUAACAAGGUUGAUGCUGCAGACGAAGAAAUGGUAGAGUUGGUCGAGAUGGAAAUACGAGACUUGAUGUCUGAAAUGGGUUACGAUGGAGCCAAAGUACCUAUUAUUAAAGGCAGUGCGCUCUGCGCGUUGGAGGGUACCAAACCGGAGAUCGGUAGUGAUUCUAUAAUAAAGUUACUGGAGGCCGUAGAUCAGAGUAUUCCGACUCCGGUUAGAGAUUUGGAUAAGCCUUUCUUCAUGCCUGUGGAAGGCGUGUACUCGAUCGCUGGUAGAGGAACUGUAGUCACCGGUAGAUUAGAACGUGGAAAGUUGAAGAAGGGUACCGAAUGUGAAUUGAUCGGGUUCAAUAAGGUUAUCAAAACCACGGUAACAGGAAUAGAAAUGUUUCAUAAAAUAUUGGAGGAAGCACAAGCUGGGGAUCAGAUGGGUGCUUUACUCAGGGGUUUAAAACGAGAUGAUGUUAGAAGGGGUAUGGUGCUUUGUAAACCAGGCUCAAUGAAAGCCAAUGAUCACUUGGAGUGUCAAGUAUACAUGUUGACUGUUGCUGAAGGAGGUAGGAAAAAGCCAAUGAGUAACUAUAUGCAAGUACAAAUGUUUUGCAAAACGUGGGAUGUUGCUACCCAAGUUCACUUAACAAAUAAAAAUAUAAUUAUGCCUGGUGAAGACUUCACAGUUGUAUUAAAAUUAAUAAGACCAAUGGUUUGCGAGAAAGGAUCACGGUUUACCUUAAGAGACGGCAUGAAAACGUUGGCAACUGGAGUGGUUACGAAUAUCUUGAAACCUCUUACAGAAAAUGACAGGAACUUGCUUCUUGAAGGCAAAAAGAAACUUCUGCAAGCAGCACGGGCUUAAUUUUAUCCUUGUUCGUGCGCGUAAUCGUAUUUGUAUCUCAACUUGUAUUGUCGUCCAGUCUUGACGAACCUUAAAGACAUUCGCAUAUAUACAUCUGUUAGUAUUGUGUCGAGAAAUAAUUUUCUUUAUUUUAUAUGCGUACAGGCAUUUUCUAAAUUUAUUCCAGCUUUCCGUUUCCAGUUGCAACAAAUUACUUUUUUAACAUGUUGUUACUAUUAAAUGAUAUGUCAUUAUUACAAAUAUAAGUAUUCCACCACAAUUGGUUGUAUAUAACUCAAAGAUAUUCCUUACACGUUCAGACUAUUGUUUCAGUCUUCAACAUCGCUAUCAUUGAUACUGCGAUAACUAAAUAGAUAAAAAAGACUACAUUUUCUUUACUCUCGUAGUAUAAAGCAUCGAGUAUAUAGAAAUGUUUCGAAAAUGUAACUUUAAAAAACAGUUCAAUGAUGAUUUAUUUAAUUCAAUACAUCAACGGUACAAGCUGCUUUAAGCAGAAUUUUAAAACACUCAGUAAUUGGUGCUUCUUUGCUUCUCUGAUUUUUGUAGUUUCUCAGUGUUGACAGAAAUUUGAUGGCAUUUAUGUACACGGUUUUAUCGUGCAUUGUACAUUGUCAUUAGUAACGAAAUACAGGAAUUGGGGAAAGGAACAUACGCAGUGUUUUAUCCGUCUGCCAACGAAACUACCGUUUUGUAUAGAAAAGAAAAACACUGUUUAUAUAAUUUAAGUUGAACAAAUCAUACACUCACCUUCGCUUAUAAAAA